AUGUCAUUAGUAUCUGCAGUGCCUAACGUGCGCAAAAAUGCACUCGAGGAAGGGACGGUUCAAGGUUCUGUCAAAGUAGAGAAAUUUGAAGCUGCAGUGGCAGCCCAGAAACUGUCAGCCGAGCAGACGAAGAUAGUUACGACUACGACUACUACGGUGCGUGCCAAGAGGAGUAAAAGUACCCCUGAUAAGCACGACGAUGACCAUCAGGCGGUUCCACGGUCUAUGAGGUCGGCUGCAUCUAGUCAGUUGCAGUCGUACCAGAAACCAGGCGCCCCGCUAAGCAAAGAAGCACUGUACAAGGUUAAAAUGAAAUACGGGGUGUACGACUCACCUGCAACAAAAAGGAACAGUGGUGGUUUGGAUAGCUUUCCUUCUGUUGGAUACGCUGCAAAUUCCGCGGUCCAGGAUUCGGUUAUGAUGGGGAGAUACGAACAGCAAAUGGACCUAAACAGGGAUGCAAUCAGCGCCGCACAGAGUUUAAGCAAGGUGCUAAUUACAGAGGAGAGCUUAUUGGACUUCGGUAACGAAGCUGACAGUGCGAAAAAAGACAGAGACUAUCUUUAUUCACACAACUCUGCAGCCGCUGUUUAUAAAAAUGCGCCUGAUAUCAUUUUGCGCACGUUUGAAACUCCGGAGAACCCAGAUGUUAGAAAACAGAUGAACCUAUCUAAAGUUUUAACUGGCGCGGAAAGGAAAGCUAAUAACAGAAUCAAGAAAAGAUACGUAGAUGAAUCUCCAGAGAUGAUAAUCAAAAGAAACGAGAACGCCUUGAGUGCAGCUUAUGCGGUACAUCCUAGCGAACGUUUACCAGAACACUUUUCAGCGGAGGAACGACACAGACGGGACCUGGAGAAGCAAAAGUUGGAGAUUGUUAAACACAUGACUUCGGACAAAGUUUGGAAACUUGCCCAAGAAAAAACUGAGAAAAGAUUACGCGAGCAGACAGAGCUUUAUGAUUCAGAAACUUUGGUCUACGGUAACAUGGAUUACAACAGAGCCGCUGUGAAAGUGGCGAUCAAUAACUUGAAAAAGUCGCAUCUUGCAGAAUCUAAACUUCUUGAGAAGACUCAGGGGAGAAUCAACAUUGGUAAGGAUGUGUGGUUGAAGAAUAAUGAUAUUGAUGAUCUCGCCAGGGAUUUGGUGAAACCAAUACUGAAGGAGGUUGACGAACGAGCUACAGCGCAGAGGAAGAUAGACGUCCUGAUUGAUAAGAGGAUUGAGGCUUAUACACAAAGUUGGAACGACUGGAAAUCUCUGCAGUUAACGCGUAAUAAGAAUGAUAUCGAGCUUGUUGAAAGAAUUAAAAAAUCUCAGUCUUAUGAAAAAUCUGAAUUAAAUUCCUCGAAUGAGCAGAAAUACAAUGCAAUGGUCUCCGAAAUGGAUUCAAAAAUAUCGGCAAAGAAACAGGAACUAGCUAAAGUACAGAAACGUAGAGCCGAGCUAUCGACUAAACUCCAACAAGAAUUGGUGGCCACAGUGACUGAGCAAAAGAAGCGGUUAUCUAGUUGGAUGCUUGUUCAACAACAGGGAUUGAUUUCAGCGAAGAAUGAAGAAACCAAGAUGCUUCAACCUUACCUGAAUGAUCUGCAAGUCAGUGAAACGACUGAUAGUCGUCUAAGAAGUGAUAUCGAGGCAAUCAAGAUUGAAAUGAGAGAUGUACAAAACGAAAUCCAACUUCACGAUAACAACAUAAUCAAUCUGGAAAAUGACUUGCAAUUAUUGAUUUCCGGAACUGAACGUGGCGAUGUUGCUUCUGAUGAGCAUAGAUCUAUGCUCUCUUUUAAGUCCAAAACCAAGAAAGAACAAAUGAGCAAAGAACGCCACGAAUCACAGGUAAAAGCACUCAAAGGAAGGAAAUCAGAUGAAGUAAAAGCACUUGACUCGAGCAGAGCUAAACUAGCGUCCUUAGAGAAGCAACUGGCUGCAAACGAAAAGGAAUUGGGGGUCAACACUGCUAGGCUGACCAAAAAUCGUGACGUAGUAAGAAAGUUUAAGUCUUUGCAACAAUCGGAUAGUGCCGCAGAGAAGUACGGUAACAAGGACGAUUUAGACCAGUCAGUUAACCGUGCCAUAUCAUCCGUCGGAUUUGUUAGCAAUAUUGAUGAUGUGAGUUCUCUCUCUGAAGAAAGCAGCUUGACCCAUUCCUUGGCUGACGUAGGAGAGGUUAUGCAAGCGGAAAGGGCCCAAAACAUGGGCAGACCUACCAUGGUCAACGCUGCAGAUGACUCUCCAGUGGAAGGUAGUGCAAGUGAUGCGGCUCCAUCUGCCUCUGCUCGGUCGGUUACUGGGGUUAGCGGUAUUGUGGGAGCCCCCGCUGAGAAUUUGAGCGCGCGCGCUAAACCGGUGCAGAGUUCACCUACUAGGUUGCCCCAUAAGAAUUCGCCAAAUCAGGAGAAGUUUUCGAAGCCGCCAAAAGUGAGUAAAAACAAAAGAUGGAUGGAGCAUUUUUUCCUUGGUUCUAAUGCGAACCGCAGAAAUCCUGCUAAUACGAGACAUUAUUCCAAGCCGAAUGUUACAUCGCCUUUAGUUCAGCAACCCCCAAUUCAGGCAAGAACUUCUGUUGAAGAAAUGCAGACCAGGGUGAGCACUCCAUCAUUCACUGGGUUCUCUCAAGGGUCCAUUGAGAAUGAUAAUGAAGUUAGGGGUCUUUCGGGUGUUGUGGAAGGCGUAUCUCAAAAAAAUGUUACGAUUGCAGAUACGACGGAGCACCCAGUUGCGCCUAAAGACGUUGAGGGCAAGAGGGACAGUCUGUUUAAAGAAGUGUUUUAA